AUGUGGUCCGACGCAAUGAGCACCUUGGCAAAAAUGUAUCCUAAGUUAAGUGCAGUCGAACUAUCGGCGAUCCUAAUGAAAGGGGCCGCCAUGUCCGCAUCACUUGAACGAGAUUCUGGAUUCAACUCGGGCAGUUCGGAACAUGAGGAUGAUCUGAAGUCGUUGGACCAGAGUUCGCGCGAUGGAUUAAUCAGUCCUGAGAACAGUUCCGAAGACUCGGUACCGGAAGCGAAGCUGUCCGCAUCGACCGUGGUGACGACGCAGGCUUCGUCGUUGGUUAAGAACAAGCGCAAAAGCACGGAACCGUUGCGUGUUGUUGCCGAGACGGAACUGUUGGCACCACUAAAGAAGCGCAUCCGUUUCGACGAUGAACGGAAACACGUUGAAGAUCUGCACCAUCAUCGGCAAGAUCGCGAAGAACUCGACACUACCUCACCAGUUCCUUCAUGUCGCACGGCAAGCAGCCCAUUUCGUCCGUGGGCGCCAUCAGCAAUGGCAUUGGAAGGAUCUGCCGUCCCGCUCCCGGUACCCUUCGUACCUCCGUUUCCCAACCCGGCUGAUCUGCUGGUGCGUCAUCCGGCGGUCACGACGCUACACCGGGCAGUUAGUAUGAAGCCACUGGAACAGCUGCAACCUCUAGCCCUGGUGGCUAAAAAGAAUGGCUCCUCCUCUGCAUCCAUCUCAAAGAACCAACCACCCCUGCCAAGCCCUCGAGCGUCUUCACGUUCACCGCAACGCGCACCCCAAGACUGGAAGGAACUGCAGGAGCAACAUGAACACCUUCACACCCAUACACCACCGUCUUCGCUCUUCGUGCAGCCUCGAGCACCUCCGUCCCUCGACGACACAAACGACUCGAUCCCGGACCACGAAUCGUCGGUUCCAUCCGGUGGGCAUGGAAAAUCGUCGAUCGCCGGUGGUGUCGGUUCGCAGACGCGCAACUACAAAAACAUGACGCGCGAAAGGCGAAUCGAAGCGAAUGCACGAGAGCGAACGCGUGUACACACGAUCUCGGCCGCGUAUGAAAAGCUACGGCGUGCCAUCCCGGCCUACUCGAACGCACAGAAACUCUCGAAGCUGUCGAUCCUGCGUAUCGCCUGCUCCUACAUUCUGACACUCAGUCGAAUGGCGGGUGAAGAUUACAGUGAGGAUGGUUCGGAACCGUCGAUUGCGGAUUGCGUCGAGAUGGUGACCAAAACAAUCCAAACCGAAGGCAAAAUACGUAAAAAGAAGGAUGAAUGA